AUUGUGAAACUUGUCUUUUAGAGUCAUCCUUUCAAACCCCAAUCACGGUCGGUUGCCACCUGUAACAUACAGACCUCACAAUGGAAGAAGUGUCUUUGACGGAAACUGAAAGUCGCUAUUACGGUGAUUUGUUCUUGUGCUGUGAUGAAGAAAAAACGGGCAAAAUACCGAUGCUUAAAGCAUCGGAGUUGUUUCGUUCAGCAAAUCUUUCUAAUGAAAAAAUACUUGAGAUUAUAUCCCUAGCCGGUAUUCCAGAUACUGCCAUUCACGUUUCACGAGCGCAAUUCUACUCUUGCCUAAAAUUGAUUGCUGCUCAUCAAGCGUCAAUGCAAUUACGACAAGAAUUAAUAGCUGCUUCUGUUCAAUUGCCGUUACCUCGUUUUAGUUGGAACGACAACGGCAGCAAGUUGGAAGUUAGCAGCCACCAGCAGCACCAUCAUGCAAUUCCUCCUCCACCCGUUACAGACCGACGGAAUUCAUUGCAACGACGAACGGAUUGGACUGAUACCAAUCCAUUAGGAUCACGGCGGAACUCAUCCACGACCCACCCACAGAAAAGUGAAGCUUGUGCUGCAAGUUCGGAUUUACAAAGUACUGAUUCAGAAGUUGAACAGUGUGAAUCUAGUUGUGGCGGAGAGGAGGGUCAUCGUGGUGGUGGUUCCCCAGAAGCAUGGAGUACCAACAGCGACAGUCCUACUCCUACACCUACAAACACUGAACGGCCAUGGGCUAAGGAAACUUUGUGGCAAGGUUUACUAGGCGAUGAACAUCGUCAACUUUUGGGUACUGAAGAAGAGUCUUCAGAUCGACAUAGUAGUGAUGACGACGAUGAAGACGAUAAUGAGACGGAUUUGGAAGCGGUCUAUCAAAUAACACCGGAGCAACGUGAAUACUAUUUUAAUCAAUUUAAAUCAGUACAUCAUGAUACCAAGGGACUCUUGUCAGGACAAGCGGCACGUGUAUUUUUCGAGAAAUCUCGGAUUCCUGUUGAAGAGUUACGUCAUAUCUGGCAACUGUGCGAUGUUACACGGGACGGAGCUUUAAGUUUAGCAGAGUUUACAGCUGCGAUGCAUCUUGUUGUCCUACGUAGAAACAAUAUACCAUUGCCGGCAACAUUACCGCAGUGUCUACAUCCAACUGUCUUGCAGCGUACAACGCUGGCCAACCACAUGUUGACACAGGAACCGGCAGAGGCCGAUCUUUUGCACUUGGAUGAAGACGAGGAAGACAAUACUGAUAAUACCAUUGUAGGAAUGAACACUGGGAUGAGUUUAACAGGGAAUUCUGUAAAUAGUGUACGUAUCCUGAAUGAGAACGCAGUUAUGAACAUGAGUACUCUUUCUGCGUCUUCACAGGCGAGUGCAAGCUCACGACAAUAUGUUACUACAACUACAAAAAACCCGCAUUCCCUCUCUCCACCAACCAUACCACCGCCGCCACCUGUUAAAAAUCGAAGUAUUUCAAAUUCUCCAAAAAUGGAGCAGCCUACGACUUCACCUCCACUUAAUAUUUCAAGUUCGAAGCCAAUCUAUAGCACAAGUAAAGAUAGCUCAUUGUGGUCAACAACCGUAGGAAAUGAUGAACCUUUGCAGCUUGUUACGACUACAGACACACAGCCAAGUCAGUGGACCAAAUUUAAUGAAUCUCCCACAUCAAAUGUAUCUAGUCCCGGUCCGAAACCCGUUAAUUUUGAUAUGCAACGCACUGCACAGGCUGUUGUCUCAGAUCCACAAAUUUUGCAUCCAGUGCCAUUAAGAGUAACUCCAGUCGGUGGCGUCGUAACCACUAAUGCUGCCGUUGCCUCAGCAAUUGACAAACAUAAUCUUGAGUCAUCGGCGGACAGUGUUCAUACUUUGCGAGAAUCAAGUCCGAAAUCAUCAGCAUUUGCAUCGAGCAAUACUUCACAACAUCGUGAUUCGUUGCAGAACAGUGAUUUAAGAGCUAUACAACGUCCGCAAGCUAAAAAAAUACCGCCUAAAAAUAUUGGCGCUAUUCCACCCCCUCCUCAGCGAGAACCUGCAACGGUAGCUACAGUUGCAGCAUCGAACAUGACUGCCCAUGUUGCUGACAAUAGUUCCUCGUCGGGGGGAGCAAAUAUUUUGUCGACGUCAAUGCUAAUCAGCAAAAAAGAUCCACCGCCUCUACCACCACCACGUCCUCACAGGCACGGACGAAGCAGCAGUUUGGAUUUGAAUAAGUUUAAAAUCGGAACGCCAAGUGGACCCCAGCCAGAGAUUAUGGCACAAGCUAGUUUUGACCUGCAAACAUCUACAGGUUUCGCAGAUUUUGCACAAUUUCCCGAUGACAAUCUAACUGCAAAUGUUAACUCUGAUCCACAACAAAUGUAUUCCUUGCCACCACAACCGUCAACUACUGGUCGUGGUCUUCCACCAGCUGCCGUAUCUUUACCUCCAACAAGGUUUUCACUGCAAUCCAAUCAACGAGUGUCGGCUUUUGAAGUGUAUCGUAAGCCAAAUACGCCACGCAAUUCUCAAUCCCCAAAACCUAUGGCCGCUACCAACUCUGCGGCUGCGUCACAAAUGCCCCCUCCGAUACCACCACCAUUUGGGUCAGCUGGAGCCACAGCACUUACAACUCUUCCCAAUUCGGAUUUAUAUGAAAAAAGGGUAAAUGCAAUUAGUGAAACGCUUCGACAUGUAUCGUUCAAACAGGAAAGUAACAACAAUAUGACUGAUGUAUUGCGGCAUUUGCGCGAACAAAAUAAUCUUUUAUUGCGACUUUGUAAUGAUCUCAGCGACGAAUUACUUACCGUACAAACGCGCAAAGAAGAAAUGAGACUUCAACUGGAAGCUUCAACAUCGAUGGUAGCAUCAAACACAAACUUGGGUACACAAAUUGGCCUAUGUGUUCGUACAGGAUCUUCAAUAUCGGCACCUGUUACAGCUAAUGUUACCGGUGGCUCAGGAAGCUCGGGCGUCCAUUCUAAUGUUUAGGCAGCUUAAAUUGUUAUCUACAAAGAUACGAUGUUAUUACUUGCUAGAUUCGAUGUUGUUUGUUAAUGAAACUCGAUACAAUACAUAUUUUAAAA